AUGGCGAUGGCAAAUAGAGCUUCCCGCACUUCAAAACUUCCCCCAGAGGUUAAUCGAAUUUUAUACAUCAAAAAUCUUCCAUACAAAAUUACAACUGACGAAAUGUACGACAUUUUUGGCAAAUUUGGAGCAAUUCGACAAAUCAGAGUUGGAAAUACACCAGAAACUCGAGGAACCGCAUUUGUUGUAUAUGAAGAUAUUUUCGACGCAAAAACCGCAUGCGAGCAUCUUUCAGGUUUUAAUGUUUCCAACAGGUAUCUUGUCGUACUUUAUUACCAAGCGACAAAGGCCUGGAAGCGAAUGGACACCGAAAAAGCGCGUGCCAAACUCGAAGACGUCAAGCAGCGCUAUGGAAUCGGUGGUGACAUUGAAAAAGAGAAGGAGAAAAUGGGAAUCUACACCCCACGGCGUAAUAAUAACUAA